UGCAAAUGAGACAUAAUUUUUCAUUCAAAUGAUAUCAAAUAAAAAACCAAGAGCACAAAUAAUCUGAAUCGAAUCGUAUAUGUUUAUAUUUCGAAGUACUCGAUAAGAUAGUUAUGCGGCAGUUAUGAAAAACUUUCAUAACCAGUAGAUUUAAAUUAUACAUGAAGUGUUAAACGUUGUCGCUGUUGCAAUUGAAACGAUGCGGAAAAUUUGAAUCAUUACGCAUAAUGCAUUUUCCCCAUUUCAUCAUAUGCUGCAAGAGAUUCUGAGAAACAUUUCACAGUCUUAAUUACCCAAUUACCCAAGCAUGGAAUACCCUCAACAAAACACAAACUUCAGCAAAUUAAGAAUCAUUAAAAAUUUGAUUGUAAUAUCCGUAUCAUUCCUUUUGUUGUUCACUGCUUUCAGUGGUUUAGGCAUGCUGCAAACGACGAUGAAUAAAGAGAAAGGCACCGCUGCUCAAGCUGUCCUAUACCUUUCUAACGGAAUAUCGUCAUUAUUAUUUUCUUGUUACCUAGUCAGAAAACUUGGUACUAAGAAUGCCCAACUUGUGGGCAUGAUUCUAUAUUUACCUUACAUUGCAUCAAAUUUCUAUCCUUCAUGGAUUACUCUUGUGCCAUCAGCAGCCAUGAUUGGCAUCGGUUGCGCACUGCUUUGGGGAGCUCAGUGCACAUAUUUUAAUGAAUGCUCAGUCCUUUAUAGAGGCCUUACAGACAAAUCCCCUAAUUACGUUACAAAUCUUGUGAUACCUAAUACAAAAGGAACAAAAGAAUUAUUAGGAAAAGACUUCAUGGAAAAAACAGAAGGUCUAAACUUUGAAGAAAAUUGUGAGAACUCUCUAGAACUUUCUCCACCAAUAUAUCUGCCAUCAUAUAAACGUUCUGAAUCUGGAAGUAAAGCAGAAUCAAAUCGACAAUGUUCUGAAAAAACCUUCGAAGAAAUAACAGAAUAUGAUCCAGGUUUUGAAGACUUAAAUUCCGAAAUAAUCACUGAUCAUAAAUCGUUUGACGCCAUCCAGUCCAUUAAGGAAACCGAACGAGAUAUUAUCGAGUUACAAGGAAUUAAAAAUAUUCAAAAUAAUUAUAAUCAAAAGUCCAAAUCUCUUAGUUCAGUGAAUUCUUUGUUUUUUAGCCUUCAUGGUUUCGUAUUUUGUUCUGCACAAGUUUGGAGUAAUUUGAUCAGUUUCUAUGUGCUUGCCUCAGGACGUGUGAAUAACUAUGAUAAAAUUUCAAAUUGUUCUUGUGGGGCAGAUUUCUGUAAUACUGACCAAGUGUGUGUUGAUACUAAAAUAGAAGAAGUCCCUGCAAAUAUCAGACAAUAUUACACAGGCGUGUGUUUUGCUUGUGGAAUCCUUUCUGUACUACUGAUAUGGCUACUUAAAUAA